AUGGAAUCUGCUCUGGAACCUGACUAUGCUACGGCUUUACCUGAAGCCCCAGAUGCAGCUACCCACCAACAGGAUAUGAGCCCAAAUGUCGUUGAAGGCGCAACUGCCGCACCGGAGGAGCCUAGCUCGGCUCUGGUGGAGGCGGAAGUGCGUGGCACGGGCCAAGGAGCAGCGGAUAGCAAUGUGGCCGUCCGGACUAUGUCUGUGGCAGUGACGUCAAGUGAAUCGCCGCCUGGUGCGACCUAUGUGGAGGCAGCCCAGGGCAUGAUGAGUAUGGGGCAGGCUGGGUACGAGACCCAGACUAUAGUCGUUUCCAGCUGGAUGGGCGCCAUCUCCUAUAGCGUCGCCGUCUACGCCUACGGCAAGAAGGAGCAGCUGAGGAUUAUGGAGAGGAGAGCGCCUCUACUAUAUGGAAGGCCUCAGCAGGCUCAACAGGAUGGGAGUUCAGGCGGGAGCACCUAUGAGGCCGUUCAGGAGGAGGUUGAGCGGCAGCUGCGUGGUGUAGUCCACGAGCUGGAGGCCUCGAGGAGGGAGAAUUUGGAGUUGUCGCAAGAAGUGGCUCGUUUGCGUGGUGAUGCGGCCGAGCAAAGAAGUUUGAAGGAGCUGAGGAUCAUGGCAUAUCCGAAAGGGGACGAUGGAAGCUGGGGUGGACAUACAUGCAAGGUCUUCUUUGACUACGGCACCAAGCUUUCAAGCAAGACCCUCUAUGUCGACGGCACCAAGCUUUCAAGCAAGACCCUCUACGUCGGCGGCACCAAGUUUUCAAGCAGGACCUUCUACGUCGACGGUACAGCGCCGGGCAGUACCCCUACGUUUGGAGAUUCCAGUAUGUCGGGUGGUGCGGCUAUCCCUGGUGGAGUUGGUCAGCCAGCCGACCCGAUGGCGAGACUUCUAGAAGAGUUGGAAAAGGUUAUCAAAGGCAGUGGGGGAAAGCCGGAAGAGGUAACCAAGUCGACGUUGGAAGUGCCAAAGCUUCCGGAGCUCACGGAAUCGAGCGCAGUGGACUUCGGUGACUGGCUCCACUGUGUUGAGAAUGUGAUGGGCGACUUGAGUACGUCGUCAUCGGAAUGGUGGCAACAUGUGGUGAGCGAUGCCACAAUUUAUUAUCAGAGCUACCAGCAGGCUGACCAGUUUGGGAGGCUUGCGUUGAAGCCAACGCCCAGUAAGGAGCUCACUGAUGCGAAGUGGGCACGCGUGGAAAGGAGGGGAGCGAGCGUGUUGCUUUCAGCUGCACCGGAGGAGGUGCGGAAGGAUUUGGUAGCUUCAAGGUCGCGAUCUGCGUUGGAGAUCCUGGCGAGGCUCAUGGUGGUUUACAGGCCGGGAAGUGCCACGGAGAAGUCACAGUUGCUGAAGAAGGUUGAGACACCAGACCCAGUUGGGUCUGUCCAAGAAGCAGUGUCUGGCCUGAGGCAGUGGGCUCGGCACUACCAAAGGGCGAAGGACCUCAAGCUGAAUACCCCGGAUCCUUCGAUUAUGUUGCGGUCUUUGGAGGCGAUGGUGAAGAAACCGCUGCAGGACCACUCGGAUAUCACGUUCAGAAUGAACCUUCUGCGCUACUACUUGAAGGUGGACUUUGCUCCAACGGAGGAUGGGGUGAUGGCAAUCCACCGAGCGUACUUGGCCGAAUUCGAGCAGCUGGGCUACCGAAAGUCAAAGGGAAAAGAAGAUACAGCGGCUCCGCCACCGAGGCUGAGGGCGGCUGAUGCUACAACGCCAGCGAUACCUCCAACCUCGCCGUCAUCAGGAGGGAAGGGCGCUCAGAGGCCUUGUCGUUUCUACUUGACGGACGAAGGUUGUCGCCGAGGCAAGGGAUGCAAGUACGAGCACUCGAUGAAGGACCUCAGCAAGGCCGAGAGGAGGGAUCGGUGCUACGAGUGCGGCGGAAAAGGGCACCUAUCGACAGCAUGCCCGACGAAGAAGGAGGUUCAGCAGAAAGCGCUGGGAGCUGGGGAUUCGCCACAGUCUUCUAUAGGGGGAACGGGUGGAAGAAGGCCGGGUGGAAGUCCACCAAAAGGGUCGAGGCCCAGUGAAGGGGCUGGAGAUGCGAUGGCCUCUACGACUUCCACUACGCAUGGCGAGGCCCCGGCGACUCAAGUGCCCGUGGAAGCCCCAGUGCAGGGUAUACCCGUUGAGCAACUCUUGGAGGAUGCUCAGAAGCUGAUGAAAGCGUUCAUGGAGCAGAAGAGCGCCCCGAAUGUCAAGGUGCUGCGGGUUGAAAUCACUAAGGUGGACGACGUGAGGGCAUCACCGGCGCUGAGGGAGCUGAUGAAGGCAGAAGAGGACAUGGUGAGUAUGUGCCGGAUGGGACUCCUGGACUCAGGGGCCACGCAUGCUCUCAGGCCACGUACCCCUGAGGACAAGGGAGAGAAGACCAGCGUGAGUGUGACGCUAGCCGGCGAGCAGAAGGUGCAGAUGGACCAGACUAAGAGCGGCACGAUCUUGGGGGACACACAGACGCAACCCAUAGUGCCGCUGGGCACUUUGGUUCAGGCACUGGGCUAUGAGUUUGCGUGGGAUCGCAAGGGAUGUCGGCUAAGACACCCGGACAAGAAGGAAAUCAAGGUCAACACGCAAUCCAAUUGCCCGGAGAUAGCUCAGUGUGAUGCCCUGCGCCUCAUCGCAGAGCUGGAGGAAGCGAAGUUGUCGGAGGCCAUGGGAUCGCUGGCUACUUUGAGGUCGGCUAUCAUGGCAGCGAGAGAGCACACCCAGUGGAGCUGGAAGGAUGCCAUCAAGGAGUAUGUGGCGAUAGGGGACAAGGAGGCCGGUGUGAGAGCAGUCUUGGCAGCCCCAUUCAUGCACCAUGAACCGAUGGAGGACCAGCUGAAGGUGAUGGCUGAGAUGCCAAAGACGUCGGAGGAGGCUUGGAGCUGGAUGAAGAGCUUCCCGAUCAACCGGUCAAAUCAUGAACCAUGGGGACUUCGAGAGGGGCUAGGGGCCGACGAAGCCGCGAAGGUGAAGAAUGAGAACGCAAUGGUUCUCAAGAUGAUUUGGCUGUGGACGAAUGCGGAGGCAGCUCUGGAUGAUCAAGAAGUACCGGGACAUAAGGUGGGCUUUUGCUUGGAGUUUCCGGAAGACCCACAGUGCUACUUGCCAGAUGGACCUCAGAGGCAAAGUUGUGUGUCCAUUUGGAGAACGGGCUUCAUGAAGGAGUUCGUCAGGGUCACCCAGUUUGACAAGGUGCAGUUUGAGCAAGGAGCGUUGGGGCACCAGAAUAGGAGGCCUACGUGUUGUCUAACCAACUUAGAGCUGGGUAUCAACGGCUUGAGGGAUUCGCGAGCUUUCCUGAGCAAUGAAGAGGCGGAUCCGGACCAGUCGGUAUGGCCGUUUGGUUUCAGGAUUACCUUGGCGGAUACCAUCCAUGAGUGGAGUGCGUCAAGGAGUGCCAUUGCCAUCAAGAAGGCCAUGACAAAGGCAGAGCUUGCUGAGUGGAAAGCGCACAUUGAGCGCGUUGUGCACAGGGACGCGUAUGUCUUGAGCAUGGACAUUGUUGGGCCUUUCGCAGAUGUGGGACGAGAUGAAGUUCGAGGGUGUCGUUAUCGAUUUGCACUUGCAGCGACUUACCUCUACCCUAAGGUCAGGGAGAUUCCUGAAGAUGCUCCGAUCCCGGAUGAGGAGGAGGCGGAGAAGUUCCUCGCAGAGGAGGAGGACCAAUCUGAAGAUGGUGAGCAAGGCCCAGAGGACCCAGGUGCGGAUGCGCAGGAGGAGGAAUGGAAAAAGAAGGUUGAGGACUUGAAGAAGCCGAUGGAAAUGCAAGCACUACGGUUUGUGGUCCCUUUGGAGCGCCAUCGUGGAAAGGAGGUGUUAGAAGCGCUCCAGGAGCUCUACAUACGCAUCCGUACGCUUGGCCUACCUGUGGUGCGGGUGCACUCUGAUAGGGCAAGGGAGUUUAGAGUGAAACCGCUCAGACGCUGGUGCCGUGAAAGAGAUAUAUACCAAACGUUCACUGAAGGAUUGGCGCCCGCCCAGAAUGCCAUGGCAGAGAGCCAUGUGAAGUGGUUGAAAAGUAAGGCCAGGCUGCACCUCCAGGACGCGGAGCUGGACAAGGAGCUUUGGCCGUGCGCGAUGAAGCAUGCUUGUAAGCUUCACAAUGCCCGGGAGCUUGGUGAAAAGGCCCCGGACAUAAGGUUCGGAGCUGUGGUAUGGGUGAAGUCCAAAAAGGACCGAGGACCGUUUGACCCAAAGUGGGAGCGGGGUGUAUACAUGGGCCCUGCAGAUGAUGUUCGGGAUGGACACGUGGUGCGGCUGGAUGAUGGGUUGUGGCUGCGUACCUUGCAUAUGAGGACGGUGCGAGAUGAUGAAGUAGAAGACGAGGACGACGAGGAGUUCGUUGUGGACCUUGUGGAGCCUACCCGAAGGCUGCGAAGGAAGAUAAAGCUUGUGGAUCCGGAAGUGAGGGCGGUUGAUGCAAGGAGCCGCAAGGCUUUGGUGGAGAAGUUGCUGGCCUCCCCUAUAUGGAGCUCUCCGGAGGCAAAGAUCGAGAGACCACAGAUGAAGGAGGGUGAAGUUUGGGAAGGCGCGGCAUAUGUGAACCUUGGAGCCUACCAGCAUGGCGGGAUCACUAGUAUCACGGUGGCAACGGAGAGGUUUUCGCAUGAGAUAGAAUUGGUCACGAGUCUGUUGAAGAUAGACCACCCGGGGAAGGUUUUCACCUCAGUCGCCCUGGUGAAGAAUGCCACUAUGCCACUCCACAAGGAUGCCUUCAACUUAAAGUCCACUGUGAACCUGGUCUCGCCCCUCAAGGUGUCCAAAGGGAGCUGUGUAUGGCAGGAGAUGAAGCCCGGAGAUGAGUUCUAUGGGAAGUACAAGGCCAUGUGGCUUAAGGAGAAGGAGGUGCCGGGUCAACUGUUCAGUGUGGAGAAGCCGACUACGGUGCGCCCAGACCGGCUACAUGCGCCGCUCCGUGGAGAGGAUGGUGACCGAGUGGUGAUCAUUGGCUACACGGUCAGCAAAUGGGAGAAGCUGUACGACCAUCAUAGUGAGGACCUCAUGGACCUGGGCUUUGAGCUUCCAGAGAGGGAGCCCUGUUUGAGUGAUGGUUCUACAAUGGUGCCGCCUACAGGGACUACAGCAGUGUAUGGAGGUGAGUUCGAGUACGGCGCCUAUGGGACCAAUUUCGAGCUCUUCGGCGAGUUCUGGAAGGCGCCCGGAAAGUUUCCCGGAGCUGAGUGGGGAGAGGAUGGAGAAUGUGGUGUGGUAAUGACCUCCAUUCCACUUAUGCCCCUGAGUCACGAUGAGGAGGAGCAUCUGCGGAGGAGAGUGUCGUGGCUCUCAGAUCUCGUGGAGGAGGAGAGACAAGUCCGCCGAGCCAGAGAAGCCCGUGGGGAGUAUGCGAACCAAAGGGAGCGGCAGAUGUUCUAUAAGCUGGACGAAGCUAUCGACUACAUGAACGAGCUCCUGGCGGUCAGCGACAACACGAGGCAACAGAACAGGGUGAACUUGAUGAGAAUGGCAGUGGGCCACAACACCUCAGAGAAUGUGGAGGAGAUGCUGCGGUCACUGGACAAGCCUUUGGAGACGGUUCACACAGUGGACCUACAGGAGGUCAAACGGCACCUACAGGAGUGGACCCCCAGCAUAGCAAAGGAGGUUCAGACGCUGGAGGGAUCUGGGACUUUGCGUGGCUUGCCCCUUCAAGAGGCGAAGGAGAAGGCGGCGAAGGGUGAGUUGGUCCUGGUUCCAGCGAAGACGGUGCAUACAGCGAAACCUCCUGGAGAAGGUGAUGGGCUGUUCAAGAGGCGUUCGAGGAUCGUGAUCUGUGGAAACUACAUCCACAACGAAGUGGAGGUGUAUACGGCCUCAACCAAUGCAGAAAGUGUGAGGUGCUCGCUGUCGUAUGGGGCGAAAAGGAGGUGGCAUGGUGCUGUUACCGACGUGAACUCAGCCUUUACCCUCACCCCUAUGACAGAGUCAAAGGUCUGCUAUGCGAUCACUAUGCCAAAGGUUGUGGUGGAUGCAGGCUGCGCUCCUCCACAAACAGCCUAUUUGGUAGACCGUGUCCUCUACGGCCUAAGGGAGGCGCCAAGGCUGUGGGGAAGUUUCCGAGAUCGCCGGAUCAGCAGAGCCAAGCUUAAAGUGGGAGACAAGCAGUGCGUUUUCCUGCAGAUGGAGACGGAUCCCGCGGUUUGGCGUCUGGUGGAAAUGGGCUGUGAGUCCGAAACGCUGGCCCUCAUGAUCGUGUACGUGGACGAUGCCAUGAUGCUGGGCCCAGUGGACACGAUCAAGGUGAUGUACAAGUGGAUCACGGAGGGUACUGAGGGCGACGAAGGGUGGAAGUGUUCGCCUUUGGAGUGGUUGGGAAAGGAGCCAGUACGCUACCUGGGAAUGGAUGUGAGGCGAAGAGAAAAGGAGGACAUCACAAGUUUUCCCAUUUCCCCAGGAAGCUAUGUGACGCAGCUUCUUAGAAACUACCCCGAAGAGGCAGCGAGACCGUCCCAGAUUCCGGCGUCCAAGGAAGUGAUGCCGCCAGGAGAAGACGCAGAUGAAGUUGAAGUCGGGCCGGUCGACGAAGUUUUGGUUAGGCAAGCACAGAAGAUGGCAGGUGAGCUCUUCUGGCUUGUUACCAGAAUACGGCCAGAUGUGGGGUUUGCAACAGCUCAUGUUUGCAGUGCGACUACCAAGGACGCAGUGUCGGCAAUCAAGUUGGCCAAGAUGACUAUGAGAUAUUUGGCUUCGACGGUGUCUUGGGGACUGUGCUACGAUGGACAGGGAGGGCCAGUGGUUGCAUAUUCGGACGCAAGCUUCGCGCCGCAUGGAGAUCGCAGCUUUGGUUGCGUGACUACGGCUACUUAUGGAGGCUUUGCAGCUUGGAGGAUGACGAAGCAGCCCACAAUAGCUUUGUCUGCGGCCGAAGCAGAGCUGGUGGAGUUGUUGAAUGCGAGUCAACAAGCUGCGGGCCUACAAGCAUGGGUUAAUGAGGUGUCCAGCGAAGACCUGGAUGAACCCAUGGUGUUGCGAGUGGACAACACAGCGGCCUGUGGGUUGGCCACUACAGCGCCGGGUUCAUGGAAGACCCGGCACCUCAAGGUGAAGGCCAGACAUUUGAGGAUGGAGACCAACGAAGGCCGGAUCCAGGUGAUUCACACCCCGGGUGAGGUGCAAGUGGCCGACAUGGGGACAAAGCCAGUUCCGGCUCCGAGGCUACAGGACUUGAGAAGAUUGUGGGGAAUGUGCUCCGCGGAGGACUUCGAGGAUGAGGAACGGGAGGUCGUCAUCAAAAUCCCGCGAGUUGAGACGACUGACGUGUACAACAAAAAGCCUUUGGACUACGAUGGGAGCUUCGAGUUCUAUGGGAUGCUGUUGAUAGCAGGAGUGGCGUUGCUGGGAAUAUGGGAGAUGCUGAAGUGGGCAGCCCAUAAGUUCUUUGGCGAUGAGGCCAGGAUUGCAAAGGCGCGUCGACUGUUGAGGAUUCAGAACCAGGCCACAAAGGCUUUGCAAGAGGAGCUUGCAUCCAUGACGAGUGCGAGAGCCUUUGGGAACUGCUACAGCGGGGAGUUUAACGCCGACUUCCAGUACGACGGCAACCUCCAGUACGGCGGCUACUACGAGAGCGGUUGA